AUGGACGAGGAUUUGAAUAGUUUGGUCGGAGUCAGCGGAGGAGGCUCUGGCUCGUCUUCCAGCACACGAUGGGAAUUGGCGCCUCUGGUUUUGGCCGAUGCCUGUGCGGUUUUCUGCAUCUAUGCCGCUGUCAAUUCGGGAACAAAGACGGACACCGAAGCACCACCGCACACGGACCACCUCUUGGCAUGGUCGGGAAUAUCGUGUACCUACCCGGCCACAAGAUCCGGGAUGGAGGACAAGCAGACUCUGAGUGAUGCCUAUGGCGAACUACGAACGGGAGACUUGGUGGCCAUUAUGGGACCCAGCGGAGGAAAGUCCACCUUGAUGGAUGUCUUGGCAGGUCCAAAGGAAACUGGAAAUGUGACGGGGACACCAGAGGAAUCAGUCAUGUUUGUCGCUGGGUUGACGCACGGCAAGACCAGUGUAGUGGAAGCACGCCGAUUGCUGUACGAUGUUGGUUUGCGAGAUCCAGACCUCUACACGCGACCCAUUGGCGGUUCUCUGGCCGGUGGAUUGGUGAUCCGGGGUCUUAGCGGAGGAGAGCGCAAACUUCUCGCUUUGGCCUGUGCCUUGGCCAUGAAACCUCGUUUGAUCAUGCUCGAUGAGAUUACAAGUACAAGACUGGACUCGAUUCCGAAAGCUCGCUAA